AGUUAAAUUGACAUUUAAAACUCGAGUGUUUUGUAGCUCUUAAAAACUUGUCAUGUUCACCUUAAAAAAGUUGAUGAAUGCAUUACCUAGGAUACUAAUACGAUCAGUCGUAUACAGAAAAUUCUGUUACAGGUAUUAAACGCUUCAGUGUUUUACAAAAUCUUAUAUAAUUAUACACUUUUUACCAUAAAAUACGCCGAAACCAACCAUGGAUCCUAAUAAUUCAAAAAUUCUACCAAGGGAAAACACCCCCCCACCGCCAUAUGCUGAAAGCCCAGGAAUAUUUCCAGCAACUUUGUUGUACACUAAUGAUCACACGACACAGCAGCAACAUUUUAUACCUGCGAGUAUAAUAAUAAGACCAAUUUUGGGUCCAAAUCCAGUCCAUAUGUUUUGUCCGACGUGCCGUAAUUAUAUAAUUACCGAAAUCGAUGAAUCUCCGACAAACGAAGCAUAUUUAUGUUGCAUGCUAAUGUUUAUUGUAGGGUGCAUUAUAUGUUCAUGUUUACCGUUCUUCAUGAAAUCCUGUCAAAAAGUUGACCACAGAUGUCCUCAAUGUGCGUCUUACUUAGGAACGCAUAAACCAUAAAAAUUACAAUAGGUGACCCUUUAAAACUUUAAAGGGUCCUAAACAAAUUCGAUACCAAGAAUUAAAUAAAAAUUCAACUUCUCACUGCUCGAAGUUUCGUGGGCCUCUUCAACAAGUCACCAAUCAAGUACCUAGGUAUUUCCAUUGCACUUCACUUACAUUUUUGUGAAUUUAAUACUCAUUUUGUCAUUUAUAAUAAGAAGUGUUACAAAAAAAUAAAAAUAUUUCACAGUAUAAUUUUUAAAACUAUUAUUUUUGAAUUUAAUAAAAUAUGUUCAAUUAGUUGCUUAUAUUAAUUUGGCAAAAACGAAGUGUUAAGGAAAAUAUAAGCUUACUAUAAAACACUCAAAUUGAUUUUUUCAUAUAAAAAGAAACUUUUCAUAAUUAUUUAUAAUAAAAUUACAAAAAAAAUGUAAGUUCAAAUAAAAGUUUUUACCUAUAUAGUCAUAUCCAAAAAUUUGCUAUAACUCGUAGGAGUUGAAUCCGGUUUGGCUAAUGCUGAAGUAUUUUGGUUUUUAAGAUUUAUUUUCGUCACAACGCGUUUCUGAAACAGUAGCGAAAACAGUAUAUAUUAUAAUGUCUUAUUGAACAACUUAUAUUUUAUGUACUUAAGUAUCUUAGUAUUAUAGUAUCUAUAUAAAAAUAUUUAAUAUGAACUCGACAAUAUUUUUUUUUUAAAAAACCUCAUGAGUUUAUAUUUUAUUACUCAUCAUAUUAGUAUAAUUUGUAUUAUAUUUUGAAACCAUUGAAUAAGAGUCGAUGACAUUUACUAUAUUGAUACACUUAUUAUUGAUUUCUUAAGUUGUAUUAUCUAUUGUUUUUAUGAGAAUUGUCACGAAAGAUUAGUAGCUUUUAAAGUACGAUACAAAAUAAAAUUGUUUCUACUGGAUGAUUUUGAUCGGAAGGUCAUUAUAAAAUUACAGUUCCUUGAUAUAUUUUUGUAUAAAAAAAAAACGUAUUCUUUAUUUAAAAAUUCUUUAAAAUAAUACAUAGAGGCUUCUGUUCAAAAAUAAUAAGUUUACACUUUAUUUUAUUGAUCAUAGAAGAUUAUUAAAUAUAAAUAAUUUAUUUUUGAAUAUAAAUUAACCCUUGUGAUUAAAAGUUUAUAGCUAGUUUAUAACUCCACAGAUAUUCACUUUAUUUAUAUUUAAACUACCGACUAUAACAUUUACCGUGUUUUUGUGAAUGCAAUUUUGUCUAUAAAGUUGCAAAAAAGAAAAACAAGAAAUUUAAAUCUUAAAUCACAGUACAAUUUGUUUUUAUAUAAUGAAUUAAAAAUGAUUACCAGUUCGUAAUAUUUAUUUUUAAAUUCGUUUAAGUCUUUCUUCGUUCUCUCCAAGUCAAACAUGCACUCUUUUGUUGUCUGCUGACUGAUAAUUAAUUCUCCGGAUAAGCUCUAAAUACAUUUGUUUAAUGUAAAAAAUAAUUAAACCAUAAUUGAACCGCAUCACUUAAACCGACUUUACCCUCAUUUUGUCGUCUUUUUUUAAUAGAGUUCUUUUGAUAUCGUUCAUUUCUUUGAAAAUAUCUCUGCCUGGUAGCUUAAUGAAUUCAUCUUUCAGUUUUUCGUACCUAGUCUGCAUCUCUUGGACUUGCAAAUCCUUGUCGAAUACUCUGGUGCAUUGUUCGAGUAACCGUUUUUGAAGGAUUUUCACUUUGGCAGCCAUCUCGUAAGCCGGCGGAUCAGUGUUCUGGACGAUAACAGUGUAUAUUAAUGUUUAUUGUCAU